AUGGCCAAUUCAUAAAAGUGUAGUAAUUGUGGAGGUAAAGAUCACAUAGCCAAGUUUUGUUAUGAGAGAACUAAAAAAGUACCGGCUACUGUUAAAUUAUCUACCUAAUCCGAUAAAAUGAAUUCAAAAGAUAAAAAAGAAUUGAAAUUGUAAAAAAAAGAAUAAGAAAUCGUGGUUUAAGUCACAAAAUAAACACCGAAAUCUAAAUAUGAAGAGGAUAAAUAUAUUGGCUAGCAUACUUAAAUUUGGGGCAGUUACUGGAAUGAAGUCUUGGGUUGGGGAUUUGCAUGUUGUUAUUCAAAUUAGAAAUCUCAAGAAUGUUUGGGAGAAAAGGGAAAAAGACAAUCCCUUACUAAAGAAUAUUCCAUCAAAAGAUAAAUAGAAGAAACCCCAAUUGCAUAAUAAGAGCUUAAGUCAGGACCAUUAAAUCUAGAUGAAUUGUACAGAAAAUCUAAUUUACGAGAAGGAGCACCAGUUGAUGUUAUUUACAAUCAAAGUAAUACUACGAAUUGA